CUUCGACUUUUGUCUUCUUCUCUUUUACUCCAUCAACCACGAAAUCAUGUAGCCAUAAUUAUUUUGCUUGAGGACCAUUCUUCAAGCCGUCCUCUCCCAUUACUCGCUCGUGCUCGCCAUCAUUAGGCACCCUCGCCACAUCGUUCGCUCGAGAUCAGUGACCGGUUUUCCUUCGAGACUUCAAACCGUCUUCAAUCGAGGUACGUAUUAUCAGAGCACCCUUUUUACAUUUUGCAUGAUUAAAUCCUUUUUAUAAUCUGUCAAUCCACUGAAAGAGCUCUUCGGAGCCAUCUGAUUGAAGCGAAAAAUCGUUGUUGAAAUAUGAUCGUUAUCCUUUCUUACGAAUAUCUUCUUUUUCUACUCCUGGGGACGUCUGACUAAUGUCACAUCAAAGCAGAAUUCAUCAUUGGUGGACAGCUCCCUGAUGGACAGCUCGUCGGACUUGGGGUUCGACUAUCAGCCCGAUCUCCCAGUGCCCAUCUCUGUGGUUGGUGGAAGGUAUCUGAUCUUCGACGUCAAGAUAGCCACCUACCUGCGUCGAGAACAUCGCAUAUGUGGUGCGCAGAUCGGCACGUUGCCACUGGCUCCGUCGCAGAAUGUCUUCUUGGGAAUGCCGGCAGAAAUUAUGCCUGAAGAAGCACAACUACUGGUGGAAAGGGGAGUUGCUUACAUACUGGACGAAGCCCGAGCUCAUGAUCAAGCACUUCACUCCGCCGAGAAAACCCGUCGAGAUGACUAUCUCGCAAGCAUAGAACAGCAAUCCCGAGAAUUCGAGGAAGCCAGAAGCCAAGAAAAGGAGCAAGCAAGGCAACGCGCAUUGAAGAAGCAAUCUCAGAAGUCAGCCAAAUGUUCAGUGCCACGGGAAAACAGCACUGCUACUAAUCUACUGGAUUUUGAGGACUCCGACGAGCAUGGAAACGCGUCAACGGAUGUCCCAGGUGUCGUUGCAACAGAUCGUUCCAACUCUCAGGCAUCCGCAUCCACUGCGGUCCCGUCGAAUCUGUCCGCAGCGAAUACUGUUCAGAUCACACCAGCGACAUCUGAACUUCUUCUCCCAAUUCCUCCAUCGACGCCCAGACCGGCUAUUAAGGACUUGCCGCCUUCAUACCCACUCUACAGACACCUGCACGACAAAGGGUAUUUCACGACACCCGGUUUGCGAUUCGGCUGCCAAUACACGGUCUAUCCAGGCGACCCUCUGCGAUUCCAUUCGCAUUUCCUGGCUGUCGGUGCCGAGUGGGAUGAGCCGAUUGACCUGAUGAAUAUCGUUGGUGGUGGCAGACUCGGCACGGGCGUGAAGAAGGGCUUUUUGCUCGGCGGUGCAUCUCCAGCAGGCGAUGUUAGGACCUUUAGCGUGGAGUGGGCCGCAAUGUGAUACCCCUUGUUUAUCUUUUCGAAGUGGACUUCUCGUAGAACGUGAAUGACAUUUCUUCAAAGCGAAGUGGUUGGCCGCUGUUGAGGUUCGCCGGCACUUCAGUGCG